AUGUCAUCUACGAGCGUCAAUGCACCAGAUACUUCCACAACUACAAAUGUAAAACCUACUGUGGUAUCAACCGAUAAAUCUACAGACAAAGAAGAACAUCCAAUCAUUAAUCAACAUCAUGAAGAACCAGCAACACAACAAAAGAAGCGUAAAUUAAUAAGAACAAGCAGAGAAACCGAUCCAUUAAAAUUCAAAAUCUGGCUUGGUGGUCACAUUGCUACUAUUGUAUUUGGAUCAAUUUCCUUAUUAUUUCAACUUUUAUGGAUCCCCAAUAAAUAUUAUAUCAAUUCAAUUUCAUAUAGGUUGACAUUUGUAGGAGCAAUUGUUGCACUUACAGCUACUUUUAGUCAUAAGUUCGGUUUAAGUUAUUUACCAAAACCAGCUACAUUACUUUCUCAGCAAAAUUUCCAAUAUAUUGUCCUUGCUUUAGUUUGGGUUUUUACAUUUAAAUCAACAUUUAAGAUCUUACCAUAUUAUUUCUUGGCUAUUUUACAUAUCGGAAAUAUUAAGAAUAUUUCCGCUAUUACAAAUGAAUCUGAAUUCCUUGCAUCUUUAAUUGCUUAUGAUGAAUUAUUAUUAAUUGGAUAUUUAUUCUUACGUACUAUUUUUUUCAGAAAUGGUGCUGGAUAUCAAUUAUUGUUAUUUUUAGUGUUUUAUUGGGUUAGAGUCUUAUAUAACAAGGAAACUAGAAACUUAUUUGCUGCGAUUAUUCAAAGAUUAGAUUAUGAAAUGGUAAAGGUUCAAAAUGAAAAAGUUAAGCAUUAUUGGGGUAAGACUAAAGAAUUUAUUGAAGUGAAACAAUCAGAGGCUGAUCUUUAA